AUGCUGCGGUCGCUUUUCCUCGGUCGUGUUCUCCGCGUGGCAAGAGUUUCAACGCCUCGUCUCCUCCUGUUUUCUCAUUCAUGCACGCGUCAGCAGCAUUUGAACAAGUCGAUUGCAAUGAUUGAAUGGCCACGGGUUGUCAAUAAUUCCAGUCGUUACUUUUCCCAGUCUUUUUUAAAGAAUGAAGAAACAAAUCACGAAAUUCAGUACUUGGGUGUUGUAUACAAUGCGAAUAAUGUGAAGAAAUAUAGCGCUGAAUUGGAAAUCGAUCAUCAUAUUAUUAGUGGCGGUGAUUUCUGGACGGCACUUGAUGCUGCGAAAGCGUACGAUGAAUUAGUGACACUUUACUGUGAUUUGGAUACUCCUCGUAAUUUUCCACAAGGUGAUACAACAAUGGCCUUGUCGAUCGAGGAAACAGCUCAUGAAAUGGAGUGGGAAGCACCAGAAGCAGGACAUCGACAUGCAGAUUUGAUUCCACCCAUUGCACAGACUUAUUUGACCAUUGACGAAGUAAUGGAAGCUCUGAAACGAGAAAAAGCCAUUGACAUACAAUGGGUCGACCUUGCUGGAAAAAGUAGCUUGGCGGAAUUUAUGAUCUUUGCUACGGGUCGAUCUCAGGCACAUAUGAGACGUAUGGCUGACUUGCUGAUAAAGUCCAUAAAGGUGCGAAACAUUGUGGAUGACUUUGACUAUGGAGUCGAAGGUCGUGAUUGUGACGACUGGAUGAUUGCUGAUUGUAACAAUAUUGUGGUGCACUUGAUGCGUGCGGAUACCCGUCGCAUUUUGGCACUGGAAGACCAUUGGGAACACAUGGUAGAUGAUAAACACAGUGUCUAUGGUGACAUGAGCGAGGACGAGUACAUGGAUAAAUUUGGUACAAGUGAACUCAUGGAACAUUUACAGGAUGAAGACCACCCACAUAUUGAUGAUGACGGAGAAGGAUCUGGUGUCGAAUGGAAGUAA